UGCUUUAAACAUGUGACUAAGCGUGAGAGGGGGCGACGAAAGACCUCGCACCCGCGUCUACUGGCGACUCAAAUGCGUCUCUCUCUAUCUCGCUCUCUCUCUCACACACACACACGGGUGCGCGCGCACACACACACACACACACACACACACACACACACAAUCCCGGAGUGGUAGGGUCAGGAAUUGAAGCGCUUUCUGCUGACUUUCCAACGGAAUAUCCAAGGCUGGAGUUUACGCACGAACCUCUGAUUCUUCCAUCCGUCUCCAAGCUUGGACCUUUUUUUUUUUUUUUCAUAGGAUAUCUUUUAUUUCAUUUAAUUUUUUUUUCCUUUAAGAAAGAUUGGAUCGUUUUCCCAGGAACAUCCAUCAUGGAGAGCAUCAUGGAUGCGGUUCCUUACCAAAGUUGGCCAGCGUGCGGGAGCGCGAGCGCGGACUGAAAAAAGCGCAUUUGGUUUCGGCUCGGAUGUGAACUCAUUAGCGCGCGCGCGCGUCCUUCAUCUCUCCAAGCGCGACGAUCACGCAGUCCAGAAAGAGGGUCCCGUUAAAACCGGACAUGGCUGAUGAGCAAAUAUGGAGCACGGACGGGACGCGCGCAGUUUAACUUUGAAUGGGGCUCUUAGUCGGGGAGAUGAGUGGCCAUGUUGAUAUCCAGUGCUGAGUGGUGGAGCCAGUGAAUCCUCUCUCAUGGCUUUAUGGGAGUUGCUGCUAUCUCUCAGCUUUCACUGCUGGCUGGCUUCCUGCGCCAGUUUAACUGAGGAAGGUCCCGCCGGACCCCUGGACUGGCUCCUCUCCGACAAGGGCCCCUUCCAUCACUCCCAAGAGUACACCGACUUUGUGGAGAGGAACCGCCAGGGCUUUUCUACUCGCUACAAGAUAUACAGGGAGUUCGGACGCUGGAAAGUGAACAACCUGGCUGUGGAGCGGCGGGAUUUCCUGGACUCCCCUUUAUCCCUCACGCCCGAGUUCAUCCGCAACAUCCGACUCCUCGGACGCAGACCCUCUGCCAAGCUAAUUACCGACAACCUUAUUAAAAAAUAUGGGACGCAUUUCCUCCUGUCGGCCACGCUAGGAGGUGAAGAGGCUCUUACCAUAUUUGUAGACAAGAGGAAGCUUAGCAGGAAAGCAGAAGUGAGCGACUACACGAACAACAUUACAGCUGUGACUCUGGAGGCACUCCACCAGCUGGCUGCUUCCUACUUCAUAGACAGAGAGAGCACACUGCGCAAACUGCACCACCUCCAGAUCGCCUCCACUGCCAUCAAGGUAACUGAAACAAGGACUGGCCCUCUUGGAUGCAGUAACUAUGACAACCUUGAUUCUGUUAGUUCGGUUUUAGUUCAGAGUCCGGAAAACAAAGUCCAAUUACAAGGUUUGCAGGUCAUUCUGCCAGACUACCUCAGACAUACCUUUGUCCAGGCAGCUCUGGGUUACAUUGCUUGCAAUGGAGAAGGUGACUUUGUGUGCCAUGACAACGACUGCUGGUGCAAGUGUGACCCAAAGUUUCCAGAAUGUAAUUGUCCCUACAUGGAUAUUCAAGCGAUGCAAGAGAGCCUUCUUCGAAUCUCUGAAUCAUGGGAAUACCUUUACAAAGAAUUUAAGGAAUCAGAUGAGUUCAAGACAUUCCUAGUGAGACUGCCUCAGAACUUCUACCUCAACACCUCUGCAAUCCACCACAUAUGGUUGCUGGAUGGCUUGUUUCAAAGACGCUAUGAGCUGCUAGAGAGCAGCAUGAAGGGUCUGUAUAGGAGGGCCCAGCGAGUCGUGUACAAGCUCUUCAGUCUGAGUAAGAGGUGUCAAAAGCAGCCCCUUAUCAACCUACCACGUGAACGGCCACGGUCAUACUGGCUGAACUACUUUCAGUCAUUACUCUACUGCUCAGAGAACAACCAGCUGGGCGUUUUCUCAGAGGAGCUGCACACCUGCAUUUGCGCAUAUGACCAAUACUCAUGCCAGGCACCCACUCCAUGCUCUGUAGGAGAGGGUUUGGCUUGUGCAUCUUGUGCUAGCGACAACUACACUCGCUGCGGUAGCUGCAAUGCUGGCUACAUGCUCAGUCAAGGAGCCUGUCGGCCUAUGGUGGCUGACUCUACCGACAACUACUUUGGGUUUGAGACUGACUUGCAAGACCUAGAGUUGCGUUACCUCCUGCAAAGGGCUGACCGUCGCCUAGAGGUCCACGCUAUCUUCAUUAGCAAUGAUAUGCGCCUAAACAGCUGGUUCGACCCUUCAUGGAGAAAGAGAAUGCUGCUCACACUAAAGAGCAACAAGUACAAAUCCAACCUGGUGCACAUGCUGUUGGGGAUCUCGCUCCAGAUUUGCCUUACUAAGAACAGCACCCUGGAACCUGCGCUUACUCUUUUCAUCAACCCAUUUGGUGGGAGCCACUCAGAGAGUUGGUUAAUCCCUGUAAAUGAGAACAAAUUCCCAAAUUGGCAGGCCACUAAACUGGACCUUCCGCUUGAGUGUUUUAACUGGACCUUGACUCUGGGCAACAAGUGGAAGACCUUCUUUGAGACAAUUCACAUUUAUCUGAGGAGCCACAUUAAAACGUCAGGUCCGACUGCCAAUGAAAGUGUUUACUUGGAACCAGUGGAAAUGACGGACCCUUCCAGAAACUUGGGCUACAUGAAAAUCAACAGCAUACAAGUUUUUGGUUACAGUAUGCACUUCAACCCAGAGGCAAUUCGAGACUUGAUCCUGCAGCUAGACUAUCCGUAUACACAGGGCUCACAAGAUUCUGCCCUGAUGCAGCUGCUGGAGAUCCGGGACCGCGUUAACCGAUUGUCUCCACCAGGCCAGCAGCCUCUGGACCUGUUCUCCUGCUUACUGCGUCAUCGCCUUAAACUCACAGUCAACGAAGUGAUGCGCAUCCAUUCUUCUCUCCAGGCGUUCAGCACCCGUCUCCCUAACCCUCUCGAUUACGAGACAUCGAAACUUUGUAGCUAACAACUAAGAGGUCAGACAUUUUGAAUAUGUUUACACACAGAGAGGGGACUCUGUAUGGAUAAAAUAAAUCACUUCAUUAUUGAAUCAAAUACUGUAUAUCUUUCCACAUUCACUCUUAAAUAAGUGUGCUCAAACCACCCGAGUUCGUUUUCUUAUAUGGAACACUAACGAAAUCAUAUGGUGGGACGUUUGCUAUAUAUGACUGCAAAUUUGCAAUGUUUUUGUAUUUUUUGUUUUGUUUUUGCUUCAGUGACAGUGCACUUUCCUUGAACAGACUACAGUGAUGUCAGUAAGUUUUGUAGAUAAAUUGAUAUUAAAACUUAAUGUACUAUUAAUGAUUUACUAGUCUCCUUUUUGGGUUUAGUUGUUCAGUAAAAAAUUGGCAAAUUCUGUCCAUCUUUUUUUUUUUUUCUAUGACACAAUGACAAUGUAAAUGAGAUCAAAUAAGUGCUUGAUUAAAUUGUAAUAUUCAUCCGGAUUCAUUAACACAGUUACACUAUGACUCUUUAUGAUAAACUGUUUCUUUUUGUUUGAAAUAAUCAGAUUUUAUUUAACAAGGGAAACUGCAGGUCAGAUUAACAUUACAGAUCAUGUGUUGUGACAAAUGAACAGUGCCGCUCACUGCCAUGGCGCUAACUUUCUCAGAUGUGUCAAUUUUAUUUAAAAUGUUAAUUAACAUUGCACGCACACACGCUCACACACCCUCACACGCCAACCAAAUAAUUGUUUUGUAGAUUGAAAUUUCUAUUUUAUUGUUACUGUUGUUACUCUUACUAUUACUUUUACAGUGCCAUUAGAUUUAUGUAUUUGUGUUUCUCUUUUUCCCCUUUUUUAUUUUUUCUGCUUUACAUUUUCUCUAAAUAUAUGAAUAAGUUGUGACAGGAGGAUGACGGUGAACCCAAAAAUUGAAAGAAAAACCCGCACAU